AUGCCCCACCGAUCCUCCCCGUCCCAGCACAGCGUCUCCUCCGCGGGCUCGUCCACCCUCGACAUCAGGACCGCCGCGGCUGCCCCUUACUCCAUGUUCACCAUGUUCGCCCGUUCCUCGAUCCUUUCCGUGCUCAGGUCCGCCAUUGCCGUCGGCUACAUGCGCAUCGAGGACCGGGACGACACCUUCCACUUCGGGAACGAGAAGACGGACGGGGCAGUCGUCCACCUCAAAGUCGUGAGCGGGAAAUUCUGGACCCGCGUGUUCACCUCGGGAGAUCUAGGCUUCAGCGAAGCGUACAUGAUCGGGGACGUCGAGAUCGCCAACCUGAAGUCGAUCAUGGACCUCUGGCUCGACAACCAAUCGACGGUCGCCGCGGUGUCGUCGGUGUACGCGCGCGUGCUCGCGGCCGCGUCCGGGCUCCGGAAUGCCUUCUUCGGCCAGACGCGCUCCCGCGCGCGCCUGAACGCGAUCGCGAGCUACGACCAGUCGAACGAGCUCUUCAAGGCGUUCUUGAGCAGAGAAAUGAUGUACUCGUGCGCGCUGUGGGGCGACGCGGAGGGCGGCGUGCGCGGGGACCUGCUUGGGGCGGGCCCGUCCGCGAACGACCUCGAGGGCGCGCAGAUGCGCAAAAUCCACCACGUGCUCCGCGCCGCGCGCGUCAAGCCGGGCGACCGCCUGCUCGAGUUUGGCACUGGGUGGGGGGCGCUCGCGAUCGAGGCCGCCGCGACAUAUGGGUGCGAGGUUGACACGCUCACACUCUCCGUUGAGCAGAAGGAGCUGGCGGAGGAGCGUAUACGAGCGCGCGGACUCGUGGGGCGUGUGCGAGUUCAUUUGAUGGACUACCGGGACCUGCCUGCCACGUUCGCACACCAGUUCGACGCGUUCGUGAGCAUAGAGAUGCUUGAACACGUCGGGAGCAAGUACUACAAGCGAUACUUCGAGCUCGUGGACUUUGCCCUGAAGCCUGCAGGCGCUACCGUGGUGAUUACCUCGUCGACGUUCCCAGAGGGCCGGUAUACCGGAUACCAAGCGGACGACUUCAUGCGGCGGUAUAUGUGGCCCAACUCCUGCCUGCCGAGCGCGACGGUGCUCAUCGACUCCGCGUACGCUUCCUCCGGCGGCCGCUUCACGCUCGAGGCCGUCGAGAACCACGCCCCACACUACCCGCGCACGCUCCGUACGUGGGGCCGGCGACUACACGCGAACCAGUGGGCGCUGCAGGAGACGCUCGCGGCGCGCCAUCCAGCGCUGCGGGACCGCGCGACGUACGGCGCGUUCCUGCGCAAGUGGGAGUACCUGUUCGCGUACGCGGCGGCGGGCUUCGCGAAGGGCUACAUUACGUGCCACAUGCUCACGUUCGUGAGAGCGAGCGACGUCACGGCUGCGUGCGAUUAA